CCCCAGUGAAGUUGCGGGGUUGAGGUGACACUGGAGCAUUCCCUUCUCUAUAAGUCCGGCUGACCCGUAGCAGAUUCAGGUUAAUGAGGUUGCUAACCAUUAUGUACGUAUGUAUUUAUGGAGAUAUAAGACUAUAACUCAGAUACAUACAAUUGAUUUAUUAUCAAUGGAUCAACCUUAUUUUCAAAGGGAGUGACUAUAAGUGUGUAUGUUCCAGAGCCUGCUUCGCCCUUCGCUUUUAAUCGAGGCGCUGUCAAGGCUCAUCACAUCAAUCGGCGAAGCCAUUGAUAGGAUAGGCGAAACAACGCAGCUCGUUUAUACCCAAUGGCUGCGGAAAUCAUCUUAAGGCCUCACAACGAAGUCUAUUGGUCAUUAAGAGGCUAAUCAACUGCGACCAAAGACAAGUCACAGCAAUUUUUCUCAAUUUUGUCACAGCCGCACCCCGCUUCUCUUCAAUGCUCAUUUGUCUGUUGAAUGUCAAAGUCCAUAAGGGGGCGAUUGGCAUGGAGGAAACUUUUCCAGAACAGGCCAAAGCUGCGGAAAGAGUCGGAUGACUCAGGUUUUCCAGAGGCGAGAGACUUACCCCAAUUAAACGACCUAUCGACAACCGAACUAUAUGGUCUCUUUGAAUUUCCUGUUCGCGCAGCUCGUCCCGAAUCACCCCCAUUACCUCCGAAUGCUCAAUGUGUUGACAUAAUCGCUGUUCACGGGCUUGGGGGCAGUUGGCGGACAACAUGGAACGGCGGUGACAGCGACGAUCCUGCUAUAUGGCUACGAGAUCGUUUGCCGGAGCUUUUUGCCCGUAUGAAUGUUCGCCCCCGUGUGCGAGCCUUCGGCUACGAUGCUUCUUACGUAUUUACAUCGUCCACAUCGGAUCUUGAGUCCUGCGCCGAAGAUCUACUUACCAGAAUACGGAUAGCAAGGCAGACUGAGGAAGAAAGGGAAGCGCCAAUUAUAUUCGUCGCACAUAGCUUAGGUGGUCUUGUAGUAAAACAAGCUAUCAACAUCGCACACACAGAUAACGAAUAUCACCAAGAUGUCCUCGAUAAAACGUGUGGGUGCCUAUUCCUCGCAGUUCCGUUCCAUGGGUCAGAUGCGGCUUCUUGGGCUCAAUUGGGAUCACAAAUUUUAAAUACUCUAUCGCUGGGUAUGGCCGGGAACUCAAAUCUCCCGAAGGCAUUGAAGAGAAAUUCAAGGGAUUGGAUGAAGAUCUCUAGAGACUUCGUGCAGCGAGGGAGAAAUAUGACAUUUAGGAGUGCUUAUGAGACACAGAAGAUGGGAAGAAGCGCAAUCGUGGACAAGGCUUCGGUGUGGAAUAAUGUGCCCAAUGAGCGCGUAUUUCCUGUGCCUGGAUCAAACCACCGGAAUAUAUGCAGAUUUGGUGACCACGAGGAUGGACGCUUUGGCCCAAUUGGAUUGGCAAUGACUGAACUCGUUCGAGCUGCUUUGGAUGACUUGACCCCGAAGCUUCUCAUAACGACCGAACUUCCUGUCUCGACACCGACAUUUCAUGGAAGAAGCACGCAAAUUGAAGAACUUGCUUCUAUCCUCAAUCCUGCUAAGUCUGGGAGGAAGGGCGUUGUACUCUACGGAAUUGGGGGUUCUGGGAAGACACAACUUUCUCUCCAAUAUAUUAGAAAGAAAAAGCGUUUAUAUAAGGCCAUACUUUGGAUCAACGCCUUUACGCCCGAACAGAUAAAACAGUCCUUUACCGAUGCGUUUAACUUGAUUUCGAAAUCUUGGCCAUCUAAGGACUUACCGAACCCUUACUUUGGCGAGAAUAAGAGGGACUUUGUUUUGGCAAAGUUAAGAUCGACUUUAUAUAGGAACUGGCUUCUGGUUAUUGAUAGCGCCGACGAUCUCACCGUUCACGACUUAGUUCAAUUAAUUCCACACUCUUCCCACGGCUCGAUAAUUCUAACCAGCACUCGGAAGGAUGCAUCGGAUAUCCUUGAGCCCCAUGGAUUUUCAAGUAUACAACUCGAUGGGCUAGAUAAUCUUAGCGGCAAAGAGUUGCUUCUUGAUAGAGCGGGGAUGUCCGACUUCACCCAAGGCGCUGAAGAGGCCAUGGCAAUUGUCAAGGAACUGAACAGCUUACCAUUAUCUCUCAAACAAGCCGCGAUUCUUCUUCGGAGACGAGUUGUCAAUUUAGACAACUUCAUUGAACAGUACCAUGCGCAGUACGACGAGUUAAUGGGCUAUCUACCCAAGGCUGGUGAAGUACAGCACGAUAAAACGCGAUCCAUGCAUGCCAUCCUCAACAUGCUAUAUUCUUACGUUAGACAGGAAUCGCCUGCAGCGGCGGCAAUAAUUCGAAUUUUAGCUAUAUUAGGCCCAGUACAAGUCCCUAUAUCUACCCUUUUGCAGAUCUGUCGAUUCGACUCUCCUGUUCUUAGUACCGAUACUGAAUUUCGGGCCCUUCCAAACUGUUCUGAUACAACUGUAAUUUUCCGACUUCAUCUCAAACUUCUAGAGGAUGUAUGCCUAAUAAGGUUCGGGCCUGUAUCCGAAAACUCCCCUGAGUCGAUGCUGUUGCACCGAGCUAUCUGCCAGUGGAUUGUGAAGAGUCAAGUCACAGGAAAAGCUCAAUGGAUCUUAUUCGUGGCUUUCGCAUUGUGUAAUAUUCUCUGUCGCGGAGAAGGAGACCUCGACUGGCCAAUGGGUGGAGUCACUCCAGACUCAUACCUCUCACGGAGAUGUUUGACUUGGGUUGACCGUAUGAGUUCUUUGAUUAAAGAAUUGGUUUCCCCCGCCGAUCUUCAGCCUCCUACGGGAUGUUAUAAGACUGAAUAUGCGAGCAUCGCUCGCGACUAUGGGUAUAUUUACUUCUGCAAUGCUCGGUAUAAGGAGGCUAUAACGUUCCUAUCCCAAGCCGUUAAGUAUAUCCCAUUUCAAGACGCAGCCGAUAAUGAUCCAUCAAAAAGUAAUGUACAACUUCUUUACUGCCUCGGCGUAUCUCAUUUCAAAAUUGGCAACUUUGCCCAGGCCGUGGAACUGGUCAGUGCUGCUUGUGAAGAACCUUCGAGGGGAUUUCACGACGAAACCAUUCGGGUUCAUGACCGACUACGAGCAAUAUUUCUAAAAGCUAAGGUUAACGAAGAUCACUUCAAUACGGCAGUGAUAGCGGCACAAGGUCCUAAAAUUUCAGCUAUUACACGCACAGAUGCAAACCAGCGAAUGGGAUCUAUUGAUGAUGUACUUGAGAGCGAACAGGUCUUGGUAGGCAAUAAUGAUAACGACAGCGUCGAUCUCGGUCCUGACUUCCGAGAGUGGCUUGUACAAAAAAGCGGAAUGACACCUAUCAUUUGGGCAGCUUCGAACGGGCGGGAAUCCCUAUUCCGGCGGCUCCUUUCGAAACACCAUGACGACAUCCAAGUAGUAGAUAAGGCACUGUUGCAUGCGGCAAAAAACGGCCACUACCGCAUAGUACAUAUCUUGCUCGAAGCGGAGAGGCCGAGUCUAGAAGGCGGCAAAACUGCGUUGCUUCACGCAUGUCGCCAGGGGCGCAAUGAAGUUGUCCGAUAUUUGCUGCGCUAUGCUGGUAUCAUGGUCCGGGAUACUCACGGAAUGACUCCACUACACCUAGCGUGCGAAUUUGAACGCGAAGAGAUAGUUCGGCUUCUACUCGACCAUGAUUCCUAUGCCGAAACCGUGAACGAUUCCAUGGAGACUUCGUUACACUGUGCAUGCAGACUCGGAAACAUCAGAAUCGUUCGCCUUUUACUUGACCGCGGGGCCUAUAUCGAAGCUAGAACUAUUUCGCACCAGACCCCAUUACACAAGGCGUGUGAGCUAGGGCGCGAGGGUGUCGCCCGCGUUCUGCUCGACCAUAAUGCUUCUAUUGAGGCCAAAGGUUUGUUGAACGAAACGCCACUGCACAAGGCAUGCGAAUUCGGACAUGAAGGCGUUGUUCGACUACUUCUCUCCCACAAAGCUCAGAUUGGGUGUAGGGAUCUGAUGCGUCACACCCCCUUGGAUAAAGCUAUUAUCAAAGGCCAUGAUAACAUCGUUCAAUUACUGCUAUCUCAGAGCAGAGGUUAUAUAACUAAUUAGUAUAACUACCUAUGUAUACUCCUUUGAUGGA